GGAGAGGCUAGACGAGCAAAAUUAUUCUGCACAAACCCAACCGGAGCAGAGCGCCAGCAGCAACGAGCACCUCCGGGCAUCCAGAUGUGGAUGGACCAACGAUCAAGUUCCAGUCCUGGGUAUCUUGCCCAGUGAUCCAACCACAGGCAGGAGCCGGACAAAGCAGCAGAAGAGAGCGCCAUGCGGCUGUGCCCAGGCCACAUUCUAGGCUGGAUCCUGCCUUUUCUAUUCUUGCUUACAAGUAUCAUGGUAUCUUCAGUACAGAGCCUAGGGUGUCCCCAGCGCUGCGAGUGCUUCACUAAGCUAAAAACUGUGUUCUGCCAAGGUAAACGCCUAAAUGCACUGCCAGAUGGCAUUCCACUGGACACCAAGAUCCUCAAUCUAAGUGACAAUAAACUUCGCUGGCUAGAACAUGGUGACCUACUUCCAUAUACACGUCUUGAAAAGCUGGACCUGAGUGACAACAUGAUUAGUGUUCUGCAACCUAAUGCUUUUUCUAAUCUCCAGAGUUUGCAGUCACUGUCACUGAGGGGGAACCAACUGAAACUAGUUCCUAUGGGGGCUUUCUCACACCUCUCCAACCUAACCUCACUGGACCUUAGUGGGAAUAAGAUUGUAAUUCUUUUGGAUUUUACUUUCCAAGAUCUGAAAAAUCUAAGGAACCUGGAAGUUGGAGACAAUGAUCUAGUCUAUAUCUCCAACAAAGCCUUCCUGGGUCUGCUGGGGCUCAGGGAGUUGACCAUUGAGAGGUGCAACCUAACUUCUGUCUCCAGCCAGUCUUUGUCUUACCUACAUAAUCUGGUGGUUUUAAGGCUUCGCUACCUCAGCAUCUCCACCUUAGAGGACCACAACUUUCGCAGUCUGGGAAACCUGAGGGGACUGGAGAUUGACCAUUGGUCAUUUUUAGAGUACAUUGCCCCGCACAGCUUGCAGGGACUUAACUUAUCUUGGCUGUCCAUUACACACACCAACAUCACCUCUGUGCCCACCUCGGCACUUCGCAGUUUGACUCAUCUUACCAGCCUCAACCUUUCGUACAACCCCAUUUCUGUGUUGGAGUCCUGGGCACUGCGAGACAUGGUCAGACUCAAGGACUUGUAUCUGGUCAACACUAACCUGGUGACAAUACAGCCAUACGCUCUUGGAGGUCUAAAGCAAAUCCGCCUUCUUAACCUGUCUGCUAACAGCCUGGUAACACUGGAAGAGGGAGCCUUUCAAUCUGUAUACACAUUAGAGGUCCUACGUUUGGACGGUAACCCUCUGGCGUGUGACUGCCGCCUACUCUGGAUUCUUCAGCGCAGGAAGACACUCAAUUUUGAUCGUGCCUCCCCAGUGUGUGCAACACCUGUUGAAGUGCAAGGAAGAGCACUUAAUGCUUUCUCUGAUGCUGCUGUUUUUGACCACUUUACCUGUCAAAAGCCCAAAAUUCGUAACAGGAAACUUCAGCAGGUAUCAGCACGUGAGGGUCAGGUAGUCUCUUUCAUUUGCAGAGCAGAAGGUGAGCCAACACCAGUGAUAUUCUGGAUCUCUCCACAGCGCCGCCGCAUCACCACCAAGAGCAGUGGCCGCCUAACGGUAUUACCAGAGGGCACACUAGAAAUCCGGUACGCCCAAGUCACAGAUAGUGGAACUUACAUCUGUAUUGCCAGCAAUGCUGGUGGAAAUGACACCUACUUUGCUACACUUACAGUUAGUGGGCUGCCAUUAGAUGCAGCCCUCAUGGCCAACCGCACCUACUAUGCUGGGGACCUCAAUGAUACAAAUUUAAAUGAUACCAGAGUGUACCUGAAGUUCACUCUGGAUCUUAAGACCAUCCUUAUAUCUACAGCUAUGGGUUGUAUAAUGUUCCUGGGUGUAGUCCUUUUCUGUUUCAUUCUGCUGUUUGUGUGGAGUCGUGGAAGAGGACAGCACAAGAACAAUUUCUCAGUGGAGUAUUCCUUUAGAAAGGUAGAUGGACCCGCUGCCAGUGUGGGCCAGGGUGGCGCACGCAAGUUUAACAUGAAGAUGAUUUGAUUUUUGGGGAUUGUAGACUAGUAUUCAAUCCAAAAUUCAGCUCACAAGCAUUGAGACAUUUUUUGGGGGGGCAGAACAUUAAAUAUAUUUAUAAGAGAUCUGUUAAGAAUUUUGUAACUCAAACUUGCUGUAUGUGUGCGACAAAGUCAGUCAGUAAUGAUUUGGCACGUUUCUGUUG